CUGUAUGCGUGUGUGUGUGUGUGUGUGUGUGUGUGUGUGUGUGUGUGUGUGUGUGCGUGUGUGUGUGCGUGCGUGCGUGCGUGUGUGUGUGUUUCAGAGGUCAGACUGUUUUAACAGGUUAAAGGUUAAAGUGAGGGGCAGGAUCUUUGGCAGCUCAUUGGACAGAGGGAGACGGGGGGUGGAGCUUCACAGCAGGAGUUCAGACUUGGGGAGGAAGAGGAGGAAGGACUCGUGAGGAUGACGAGUCUUAUCUGCCAGCCUAUCAGAGCAGCUGUUUUCUCUCUCCAUGGUAACGUGUCCAGGUUGGUGUGUGACGGGAAGCCGUGGCGCUUCAAUGACAUGUUGUCAGUGUCAGUCGAUCAGCUGAUCAGUUGACAGACUGAUAAUUUUAACUAUUGAUUGAGUCCCAUUUUUAAUGAUCAGAUUUUAUGUUUUUAUUCUGGCACCAAUCACAGAAAAGAUCAAUGGUAAUGUUGAUGAGACCACAGGUGACGUCCCGACACUUCCUGUGUGUCACCGUCGGAAGGAACCAGGUCACAUGACCACGGUGAGAGUCAUGAGACUGACGACAUGACACACACACACAAACACACACACACACACAGACACAGGAGAGAGAGAGGUCGCUCUGAAACACACACACACACACACACGACUACUGUGUGUGCGUGCGUGUGUGUGUGUGUGAGUGAGAGAGAUAGAGAGAGAUUGUGUGUGUGUGUGUGUUGGAGGUCAUCAGAUGUUAAACUGUCCGACACCAGAGGAUAGUAGAGUAAACCCCCCCUCACUCUUACCAUGGUUACUCCUGCACCCCCCCCCCCACCCCCUGGUGCCCACCAUCACCCCUGUGUUGCCAUGGAAAUGCCCCCCUCCCCUAUUGCUCUUUAUAAUCGUCAUGUUGUUUUUUUUAUUUUCGUACUGGAGAAUUCAGCGAGUUUUUCUUUCCUUGUUCACUGUCAGAAUAGAAACGUCAACUUUUAUAAUAAAACCACCGACUGAGGGGAAAAAAAAGCCAACUGUCUCUCGUCUCCUUCUCGAUCACAUCCGUCUUCCUUCAGGUCGUCAUCCUGCACCGCCUCACUCCUGCUGUCCACCAACGACACAGGAACAUCAUCAUGUCCCCGUACCCCAGGCCCUGGACGCCUCUCGGCUGAAUGGAACGUGACCGUUAUUAAAAUCAUCGACUGUGUUCGCCUCCUGUCUGAUGCACACGUGGACACAACUUAUUGAUUGGUUCGCCUUAUGAUGAAGUGUAAUUUUUCUCCAAAAUAUAACAGUAAAGCUGUCACAUGGAUCGAUACACAGCCUCGGGUCUAUGGCGACGGUGACACGGCGGUUUGUAGCGCAGCGUCUGAAUCUGUCUCCGCCCCGGUGUCUUCAGAGGCUCGAUCGGUCGGCACGUCUAAACAUCAGUGUUGUAGUUACUGUUGCGUCAGAAAAAUGCAGACUUUAUUUUUUUAGACGAUCAAUGACUUUGUAUGAGGAUGGACGAGAUCAUUUGGAGCCCUGCCAAAGCUAAACUGGAGAGAACAAUGGGCGACAGCACAGGGUGAACAGACCGGUCCCCCUCUGAUGAACACCUGCGUGCAGGUUAGUAAUUAGAUGCAGGUGAGGCUGAUUGUAGGGACAGGAAGUGAAAAGAUGCGCAAGUAUCAAAAAAAACCAAGUCAACGUGUGUUGUAUGACUAUAUUUUUGACCCAAAUUAAGUGUUAAGCCAAGAUUUUUUUUGAAGUGUAAUCUAUUAGUUAUCAAUGACAGUUUAUUAAUUAUUGAUCUCCUGGGAUGACAAACAGGAUCCUCAAUGUCUGUAUGACAUUGAGGAUGAAUGCAACCGCAGUCCACAUGUCCGAUGCUGUCAGCAGUCACUGUAAAUGCUUUUAUUAUGAAGACUGCCUUGGGACAAGUGCAGGCUUCCCGUCGAAAGUGAAAGAGAACGUGUCUGUGUGUCUGUGUCACCUGUCGGCCUGUGUCUCCGCGUAUUUGAGUGAUCGACCGACGCCUCAGAUGAGCAGCUUUAAAGAGUUCGCAGUGUUCGUGGUCGUCCUGCACGUUUCCCAGCAUGCCUUGUGUGUGGAGGUGGAGGUGGAUGAGGGGCAGGAGUCCGUCCUGCUGCCCUGCCACAGUAACGUCUCUGUGGGGUCCACGGUGUUGUGGGGCCGCUCCUCCCUCCGUGUCCACGCACGUGAUCAGAGCGGAGACGUCCUGCAACACCAGGACCACCGUUACGUCAACCGGACGUCGAUGAGGGCCGACGCUCUGCACGGCGGCGACCUCAGCCUCACUCUGAGAAAACCCGUCAUCAACGACAGCGACAACUACACCUGCACCGUCAGACAGUUCGGAAAAGACCAGGACAGCAAAGAAGUACAACUCACGGUCAAAGAUUUUAUCGUGAUGCUGUUGUCGACUGAAGAACCACCAUCAUCAAAUCUCAAAGAGGUCGUUGCUGUUUCUGUUGCUGUUGCUGUUGUUGCUGUUGCUGUUGUUGCUGGUAUCAUCUACUUCAUCUGUAAAAGGAGAAGGAACAGAGACGAUCCACCUGAGUCAUACAGCGCGCUGGAGCUGCAGGUUGCUGAGCCUCCGGUCCAACAGUUGGAGGUGAUUUCAGGGGUGGAGUCUGUCCAGCUUCCCUGCAGAACUACAGCUGAACUGCACGACGUCGUCAAAGUGGAGUGGACGGACAGCGGAGACAGGAAGGUCCACGUGCAUUCCUGCGUCCCUGAGGAGCCUGAAGACCAGAACCAGGUUUACAGAGAUCGAACGGAGAUGAGGGAAGACCCGCUGAGAACCGGAAACCUCAGUCUGACCCUGCGAUUCCCCACAGUCAGAGACAACAGGACUUACACCUGCUCAGUCUACAGCAGGGCAGGACCACCCCGCGUGGAAACACGUGUGGAGCUACAGGUCAGAGCCCAACAGGUGGAGGUGGAUUCAGGGGCGGAGUCUGUCCAGCUGCCCUUCGAAACCACAGCUGACCUGCCUGAGGACACUUUAGUGGUGUGGUGGUGUGACGAACCUGAACCGGCUAAAAAGGUCCAUGAGCAUGGGACGGAGUCAGACCAGCACGAGGUUUACAGAGGCCGGACGAGGAUGAGGGAAGACCCGCUGAACACCGGAAUCUUCACUCUGACCCUGAAUCGCCCCGCAGUCAGAGACGCGGGGACCUACGCCUGCAGAGUGUACGGCGCAGGUUUAAUAUUCCUGAGAGAAAAAACUUUCCAGCUCACCGUCAAAGAGAGGCGACCGGAAGAAGAUGAAAACGUCGACAACCGGGGAAGACGCAGCUUCACUGAUCCAACUCCUUUGAUGACUGAUCAAUCUGAUCGAUGAGUUUAAUUGAUCGGUCUGUUCAUCAAUUUGUGAUUCUCGUCUAGUGUGCGUUUGUCCUCCAUGAUCUGACUCCAGAGCUGCAGGAGCACUACUUUAUUAUUAUUAAUAUUGUUAUUGUUAUUAUGAUUGUUAUUAUUAUUGUUGUUGUAAGUUAUUAUUAUUGUUGUUGGUGAUUAUAAUUAUUGUUGAUAUUCAUGCUGGAGAGUCGGAGUCGUUACUUACGGGCGACAUCGUCACAACCGUGAAUAAAGUUUUCAACAUGACACGAGAAGUAA